UCAGUACAACGCUCUCAGUCUGAGCGCUGCCGACGCCGUAAACGAUGCAGAGAAUCAAACCUCUCUCGCGAGCCGGCGUGUUUCGUCUGCAGGAAUAAAAAAGUUUUGGAUUAAGGUUUGAAACUCGUGUUUCAGUGUAUGUUCUUUCUCUUCGACGAACCUUAGACGUUUAGAAGCAGCGUAUUUAUAAGCAUGAAGGCUUCUCGUAUAUCGAAUUAACAAGGGAUAAAACCACAUUAAUUUAAUUGCACAAGUUGAGAAACAUGUGACUUAAGAAACCUGCAGCGGGAAUGUUUAUCAUAGUAAAUUGUUCCUUAAGUGAGCUUAUUUAAUUACUUUAAUAUUUAAUUACUAAGUGAAAACAACUGUCUUUAAAGCAAUUGUUAUAGAAAUCAAGUACGAUUUGUUUGCGAUGAUAUAGUUUCUAUUUCAGUUUGCAGAGAACCAGUGUCAUCUAUAAAUCAUACGCCUGCUACCUGCAAUUUAGGGAAGAAACUUAAUAAAAUACUAUUCCCGCUUAUCAAUAACUCUGGCUACGUUUGAAUGCCGCGUUAUUAGAGUGAAAAUUCGAUUAAUAACUCAUGAUAAUGUUUCACUGUUUUAUACUUGUAUCGUUUAUUGUGCACUCUGUGACGGGUGUCAAUGAAAACGGCUCGUCCACGAACAACAUUGGUACCUCAGAUGGUGUCGCAGUGCAGCCUUUGGUGUACGUCGUCCUGACGGCACGCAACGAGGAGCUAACUUUACCUUACUUCCUAACUUAUUUCGAGCUGCUGAGCUAUCCUACUAGUCGCAUGAUACUGCACAUACGCGCCGAUCACUGUGAUGACAGGACCGUUGAUAUUCUAGAUGAGUGGCUAGACCAAAAUGGACAUCGCUAUCUGCGCGUUGAUGCUGUCUUGAAUAAAGCAAGAGAAGGUUUUCGAGUAAAGUGCAACGUCUCUAAUAACAUAGAAGAAAAUGGUUCUCGGUUGGUUAAGUUGAAAACAGAGGCCUUUUAUUCAGCACAAAAAAGUGACGCUGAUUAUGUCCUAUUUCUAGACACGGACGUGUUUCUUUUAAACACGAAUGUUAUCGGCGACCUUAUUGGAUUCGAUCACACAAUAGUCUCCCCGAUGUUACAGUCAACUCGAGACUAUUCCAAUUUCUGGGGAGCCAUGUCAGAGGAGUUUUAUUACGAGUCAUCAGAACUUUUCUAUUCAAUAUUUGAUCGCAAAGUCUCGGGAUGUUUCUCAGUUCCUCUUGUUCGUUCUUUUGUUUUAAUUGAUUUACAUAAUCCAUCAGUUCGUCGCAUAUCAUUCGACGCUAAUUCUAUCACUGAACUGGAAAUUCCCUACGAUGAUUACAUCACGUUUGCCGUGUCCAGCGCGUUGGCAGGCAUUACAACUCACAUCUGUAACGACAAGGAGUACGGUUUAGUUGUACAUCCGAGAGCUCCUGCAGGUCCGUCAGAUAUUUAUAAAAAACUAAUUCGAGAUCUAAAGGUCCGUUCGGCUCGUAGCCGUGUGCUUCUAGGAGCCAAUGCCAAAUUUGUGAAAUACCUGCCGCCGCCUGUACUCAAAGACAAGGCGGGACUUGAUCAAGUUUACUACCUGAACUUGGACAAGCGCAAAGAUAGGAGGGAACAGAUGGAAUACAUCUUGGACACCGUGGGCAUUGCCGCACAGCGAGUUCAGGCUGUGGACGGAAACGACCUAACGGAAGAAGUCAAGAACGAGUUAGGGGUGAAGGAAAUAGAGGGCUUCCUCGACCCAAACUUGCACCGCCCUGUUUCUCGGGGGGAAAUGGGAGGCACCAUUACGCAUUACAAUAUUUGGAACAACAUUAUCGACAAUAAAUAUGAAAAGGCCAUGGUGUUUGAAGACGACGUUCAGUUCUUCCCAAAUUUCAAAGAAAAUUUGAGGAGCUUACUCGCACAUCUCGCCAACGCUCGCAUUGAAUGGGAUUUCAUUUUCCUGGGCUACAAAGACCUCGAGGCAGAGUUACCAAAGCUUGAGGUCCCAGGUGCUCCCAUGCUGGAAGUUUCCAAGUAUUCCUAUUGGCUCGUCGGUUACCUCAUCUCUCAGUCCGGGGCGCUGAAGCUCGUUAACGCUGAUCCCUUGAGCAAAAUCCUGGCCUGCGACGAGUUUCUACCGAUCAUGUACGAUCGUUCUCCUCUGACUGAGUACAAACAUCUCUUCCCCAACCGCAACCUCAUCGCCUACUCCGCCUCCCCACCGCUGCUCGAGCCCCGUUUUUUUAAAGGGGAGCAUGGCUACGUGUCAGAUUCCGAGGCUAUUUUGUAAAAACAAAGGUCGACUAAAAAGAUUUGUAACUGUCAUGCUUCUCAAUAUUGUUGCGGCGAUCAACAUAGACAUUAUGUUGUUCAUUUAGUCAUGCUAAAACAUUUAAAUUCUUCCUUCCAAACGUCUAGAUUUUGUGUUUUAGCUACUGAUUGGCAACGCGUGCUCAGUUUGUAAUAAUGCCGACAUAAUGCAUGCUUUCUUGCCUCUGCUCUAUAUCAUCUGUCAUCAGCACCCUUGAUUAUUAGAGCCAGUUACUAAGGAAAAAGAGUAUUCAAAAAAGUAUUAGAGACAGUUACUAUGGAAAAAAGUAUUCAAAGAAGUAUUAGAGCCAGUUACUAUAGAAAAAAAAUUAUUACGGCGAAGUUGAAUGAUCAUUGUUGCCUUUUAAAUUUGGUGCUUAACCCUAAUCAUCGAGGGAUUAACCCUCAAGAAAUCUGAGCACGUUAGACGUGGUUUGUUAACUAAAUUCGAAAGGAAGUCUGAUUUGUUUCUCAUUUUAACUGCGAUGGCGUAAUUGUUCUACACAUAACUAUAUAAUUUUAAAAACAAUCAAACAAAGUAUAUAUAUUUUCGAAUACACAAUUAAUGACUGACGAGUGGCGGAGACAAAUUAUUAGACGAAGCUUCAUAACCUGCGCAUCGCUUAAUAGUUUGCAUAGGUCUAGGCGACGACUGGCGAAGGCGUGAGUGAGGCGGCCCAAAAAUUACCAUCUUGUUGCAAUUUUUCUUAGAAUAUUAAAAAGGACAUUUGUUUCAAAUUGCAUUAUCUACCGCCUUUUUGGAUAUGAAAUAAAAUAAAUAUUCAGUGACACUGGUGGACAUGCACAUGCAAAGCCUUCGACCUCGUAAUUUUAUUGAGAAUAGUUCUAGGUUUUGUUCAGUGAGAAUUGAGUUAAGCUGUAUUAUUUCACAAUAACUGCAGCGACUUCAGGUGUUUGUUACACCAGUUAUCAAAAGAGGGAAUACCACGCUUUUCAUCAGCCGCACUUCUGUUAUCCGUGGAUAAACACUGCUUUCAAAUAAUCAAGCCGGGAUUAUUAAAUUCGCUAAUGAUUCUCUCAAUUGAAACAUGAAUAGUACCACUAUAUAAUAAUAUAUAAUAUAGCGAUUUCAGCGCUUAU